ACAGAAGGCGGAGAGAUAAAUCGGGUGUGCUUUCUUUGUACGGAAACGCAGCAGAGAUCAUGAACGACGUACAACGCCAACACCACCCUCAUCAUCAUCAGCAGCAGCAGCAGCAAAGACAGCCCGGGCCCCACCACCCCCACAACCACCUGGAAGAUGAAGAAGACGACGACGUUUCUGCUGGAGGUGGUGGCGGAGAAGAGUCCAUAGACAAUCCUCAUCCUCACUCCCAUGACCCUCACUCUCAGAUCCGCUACGACGCUCUUUCCCAUUCCCACGCGCUUCACAACGGCGGGGGUGUUACCAACAUGGAUUCCGCCCUCAAUGGCGUUGAGGGCGUCGGCCCCCAUGGUUUGUAUGUGCCCGGCUCCGAAAUUGCUCCCGCUCCAGCUGCUGGAGCUGGGUCCGACCAGCUUACGCUGUCGUUUCAGGGAGAGGUCUAUGUUUUCGACUCUGUUUCUCCUGAAAAGGUUCAAGCAGUGUUAUUACUGUUGGGGGGAUAUGAAGUACCCACUGGCAUUCCUGCUGUUGGCAUGGCUUCCCAGAAUCCUAGGAAUUUGAGUGACUUACCAGGGAGAUCAAGUCAACCCCAAAGAGCUGCUUCCUUGAAUCGGUUUAGAGAAAAAAGAAAAGAGCGAUGUUUUGAUAAGAAGAUUCGUUAUACUGUGCGGAAGGAAGUUGCACUAAGGAUGCAGAGAAAGAAGGGUCAGUUUACAUCUUCAAAGUCAGUUUCAGAGGAAGUUGGAUCAUCUUCUUCAGAUUACAACCCAAUGUCAGGACAAGAAGAGCAGGAAACAUCAUGUAGACAUUGUGGGAUUAGCUCCAAAUCCACUCCUAUGAUGCGCCGUGGACCAGCCGGCCCAAGGACACUAUGCAAUGCAUGUGGACUCAAGUGGGCCAACAAGGGCAUUCUAAGGGACCUCUCUAAAGUUCCUGCCGCUGGAAUCCAUGAUGUGAUGGUGAAGGCUAGUGAGCAGAGCAAUGGUGAAGCCAAUGACUCUGAUGGAGUGACUGCUGCUGUUGAUAUAAUCACUUCAUCAAAUGGUGACAGCUCUGCUUUGACUGCUGAACAGUGAGCAUUGUUGCAGUCACUGGAAAGUCAAAUGUACCAAUUGCAACUGAAUCAAGGCGUGUAAUAAUGAAGAAAGUUACUACGGAGUAGCUAAAUAUACUUGUACUAAUUGUACAUAUUGUACACUGAGGAGAAACAUAUUGAAUGUUUCUUUUUUUUUUUUAAAGUUUUUUUGGGGUGCCUCCUUUUAGUUCCCCAUUACGUGUAGAUAGUGUUAGGCUUGCCCCUUGCUAACUGUGUAUGAGAACCGAUUGUAACAGCGGUAAUAUGUAUUAGGAUUUCAUACAGCAGCACCUACUUUGGUAAGCAUAACAAAUCUUGACAUCCUGUUUCUUUUGGUAU